AAGAGGAGGGGCUCCGAAAGCGGAAGUAGCGAGUACCCGGAAGUGCGGUCUCACGUGCGGUGGCACUAUCGGCGCCCAGGAUAGAAGCAUGGUUUUAAAAGGCAAGAACCCACGGAAGAGAAAGAAAAGUGUCCGGGAGGGGGAGACCCCGGACGAUGGCGGUGGCAGGAGUCUCUCAGGAGAGUAUCUGGUUGGGCAAGUGGCUAACAGCCUGUUCCACGGGGAGCCAUCUUCCAAAGGCAGCGCCGCUCGCCUCUCGUCUCUCUUCAGCACUGUUGAGCCUCAGCUUCAGCCCAUCUACGUGCCAGUGCCUAAAGUAACUCCCCCAAAAAGGAAGCAAGAUGAAGAAGAAAGUGUGCCCCAAAGUCAAAGACCAUCUUUACAAGAAUCUCCAAAGAAAAAGAAGAAGCUCUCUCAUUCAGAUAAAAAUUUGGCUAACAGGGAAAAUGCUCUAGCAAAUGCUGAUUUAGAAGAUGAAAAUCAACAGAAACAAAGACAGAAAAGAAAAAAUUCUCAAUCUGAUGUUGAAAAAGUAGAUGAAGUAGAUAACACAAUUGCAAAUCAAAGAAAGAAAAUUCAAAUCAACCACGAAGAAGAGAGGUUGAAGAAUGAGAGAACGGUGUUUGUUGGGAAUUUGCCUGUCACAUGUAAUAAGAAGAAGUUGAAGUCAUUUUUCAAAGAGUAUGGACAAAUAGAAUCUGUACGAUUUCGUUCUCUGAUUCCAGCAGAGGGAACUAUGUCCAAAAAGUUGGCAGCUAUAAAACGUGAAGUUCAUCCCGAUCAGAAAAAUAUUAAUGCUUACGUUGUGUUUAAGGAUGAGAGUGCUGCUAUAAAAGCUUUGAAAAGAAAUGGAGCUCAAAUUGCAGAUGGAUUUCGUAUCAGAGUUGAUCUUGCAUCUGAGACUUCAUCUAGGGACAAGAGAUCGGUGUUUGUGGGGAAUCUCCCAUACAAAAUUGAAGAAUCUACAGUUGAGGAGCACUUUUCGGAUUGUGGUGCUAUUGUGUCAGUAAGGAUUGUGAGAGAUAAAGUUACAGGAGUUGGCAGAGGGUUUUGCUAUGUGCUCUUUGAGAAUGCAGAUGCUGUUCAUCUUGCUUUGAAAUUAAAUAAUUCUGAACUCAUGGGAAGGAAACUCAGAGUCAUGCGUUCUGUUAAUAAGGAAAAACUAAAACAAAAUUCAAAUCCCCGUUUGAAGAAUGUCAGUAAACCUAAGCAGGGACUUAAUUUUGCUCCAAAAACUGUAGGACAUUCUGAAAGUUUAUUUAUUGGAGAAAAAGCUGUUCUCACCAAGAAAAAAAAGAAAGGACAGAAGAAAAGUGGACGGACUAAGAAACAGCAAAAACAGAAGGAGUAGUUUGAAGGUGUUGUUUUUUGUUUUGGCAGAAUAUUCGUAAUAAAAAUUUGAUGAACUUUGU